ACUUGCAUGGUGAGCGACGCCGUGGAGGAGAAAGACAACGCAGCGGACAAAACACACAAUGGCGACGGCGGCGACAACGGCAGGCGGAACGGCCUCAGGCGGACCGGCCACCGGCCCGGUCGGCGGCGGAACCGCAGUGGGACGAAAGAAGGACGGCGGUCCUUCUACGAAAUUCUGGGAGAGUUCGGAGACCAUAUCCCAGUUCGAGACGGUGCGGCAGUGGAUCGGGAAGCACUACAAGAAGUCUGUCCAGAAUGACUCCCCCUCCAGCAAAUCCUUGGCGGGUCUGGUGGUCCAGCUGCUGCAGUUCCAGGAAGACGCAUUUGGACGCAGGGUCAACAACCCUGCUCUAACAAAGCUACCUGCCAAGUGUUUCCUGGAUUUCAAAGCAGGUGGCGCUCUCUGUCACAUCUUGGGGUCAGUCUACAAGUUCAAGAGCGAGCAGGGAUGGCGUAGAUUUGACCUGCAAAAUCCUUCCCGGAUGGACAGGAAUGUGGAAAUGUUCUUGAAUGUAGAGAAGAACUUGGUCCAGAACAACUGUUUGACGCGACCUACCGUGUUCCUGUUGCCAGACAUUGAGCAGAAACAAGCCAGUAAGCUCAAAGACAUCGUCAAAAGGCAUCAGGGCUCCAUUACCGACGACAAAUCAAAAGCCACACACCACAUUUACCCCACUCCAUCCCAACAAGAAGAAGAAGAGUGGCUUCGUCCUGUCCUGAGGAAAGACAAGCAGGUGCUGGUUCACUGGGGUUUCUCCCCAGACAGCUAUGAUACCUGGGUGUCGGUCAGUGAGGUGGAGGCAGACGUGGAGGACCCACCCAGCGCCGACAGACCGUGGAAGGUCCAUGCCAAGUGGGUUCUAGACACUGACUCCUUCAACGAGUGGAUGAAUGAAGAAGACUAUGAGGUGGAUGACAACAAGAAGCCGGUCAGCUUCCGCCAGAAGAUCUUCCCCAAGGAGGAAGAGUCUUCCCGUACACCCGAUCGCAAGGAGCGCAAGGCCAACUCCGCUAGCAAGAAGAGGAGGCGCUCCCCCUCGCCGCCGAGCACCCCCGCCGAGUCCCGCAAGAAGGGAGGAAAGAAGGGGAACCAGGGGCCUCACUGGAAGCGCCGGGGCCACAGAGGCGAGGAGGAAGACACGGAGGAGGACAUGACCAAGGACAUGGACGACUCCUCAGCUGGUGCCAGCAUGGAGGAGGGAGGUGUGUCCAAGAACGCAAAUUCAAAGAAAGACAGUGAGAGCACUCCGGUAAAAGGAGGCAAUGUGGCUGAUUUGGAUGACAUGGAGGACGACUCUGUGUUGUCUGGUGGAAAGGAUGAUGAGGAGCAGGGCAAAGCGGAAGUGAACCGACUGAUGGACUCCAGCGAGGACAACGUGACUGAACAGACUCACCACAUCAUCAUCCCGAGCUACGGAGCCUGGUUUGACUACAACUGCAUCCAUGAGAUUGAGAGAAGAGCGCUGCCCGAGUUCUUCAACGGGAAGAACAAGUCCAAAACUCCGGAGAUAUACCUGGCCUACCGCAACUUCAUGAUCGACACAUAUCGGCUAAACCCUCAGGAGUACCUCACCUCCACCUCGUGCCGCAGGAACCUGACUGGGGAUGUCUGUGCCAUCAUGAGGGUUCAUGCAUUCUUGGAGCAGUGGGGUUUGGUGAACUACCAGGUGGACUCUGAGAGUCGCCCGUUACCCAUGGGUCCCCCACCCACUCCCCACUUCACCGUGCUGGCUGACACGCCAUCUGGCCUCAUGCCUCUGAACCACAGACCCCCACCGAUUCCCCCCCAACAGCCAAUGCCCAACUUCGCAGACAAAGUCAAAGACAAGUCCAUCGACCUGCAGAACUUCGGCCUUCGCUCCGACCUCUACAACAAGAAAAACCUCAAGGGUAAGACCGUCAACUCCACAAGGGAUUGGACCGAGCAAGAGACUCUUCUGCUGCUGGAGGCUCUGGAGAUGUUUAAAGACGACUGGAACAAAGUGUCUGAGCACAUCGGUUCACGCACCCAGGACGAGUGCAUCUUGCACUUCCUGCGCCUUCCCAUUGAGGACCCGUACAUGGAAAGCACCGAGGCCUCCCUGGGCCCUCUGGCCUACCAGCCCAUCCCCUUCAGCCAGUCUGGAAACCCCGUCAUGAGCACCGUGGCCUUCCUGGCCUCUGUGGUUGACCCCAGAGUGGCGUCUGCUGCCGCUCGCGCAGCUUUAGAGGAGUUCUCUCGUGUGCGUGAGGAGGUGCCGGCUGAGCUGGUGGAGGCUCACGUGAAGAAGGUGCAGGAGGCGGCCCGGAGCACCGGCAAGGUGGACCCCGCGUUCGGCCUGGAGAGCAGCGGCAUCGCUGGCACCGCCCCCGAAGAACCAGAGAAGACUGGUGAGCAGAACUUUGGGAAAGAAGCCCCAGAGCCAGAGAAGAUGGAAACUGACACAGACUCCCAGCAGGCAGAUAAGGCUGAGCUGAAGGACGAGGCCGAGAAGCCCAGCGAGUCCGCAGAGAAGAGCGACAAGACGGAGGCUGCGGAUAAGGUGAAGAAGGAGGGGUCGGAGACGUCGGAGCGCGAGGAGGACAACGAGGAUGGAGCGGAGGCAAAGGCUGCUGCAGCAGACAAAGACAAGGAUGGGGAGAGGGAGACGUCGUCCCCGGAGCAGGAGAAGGAGAAGGAGGAGAAGGCGGCCACGGACGAGGGUGAAGAAAAGAGGAAGAAACUGGAGCACGACAUCGGAGAGGGCAACAUCGCCACGGCGGCCGCCGCCGCUUUGGCAUCGGCCGCCACCAAGGCCAAGCACUUGGCAGCCGUGGAGGAGAGGAAGAUCAAGUCUCUGGUGGCUCUGCUGGUGGAGACCCAGAUGAAGAAGCUGGAGAUCAAACUGAGGCACUUCGAGGAGCUGGAGACCAUCAUGGACCGAGAGAAAGAGGCCUUGGAGCUGCAGCGGCAGCAGCUGCUCACCGAGCGCCAGGCCUUCCACAUGGAGCAGCUCAAAUACGCCGAGAUGAAGGCGAGGCAGCAGAUGGAGCAGCAAGCCGCCGCCGCUGCAGCCGCAGCCGCCCAGGCUCAAGGGCAGGGGCAGGGGCAGGCUCCUGGAUCCGGACCUCCUCCGUCAGGCAUGCACCCCGGAGGGCCCCCGCCCCACCACGGUGGGCCGCCUCCCGGUGCCUCCAUGCACCCCGGAUACCCGCCGAUGGGCCACCACCCCAUGGGCCCCCACCACCCAGGACAGACAGGACCAAUGGGACCGGGCCAGCCUAUGCCGGGACGCAUGAUGUCCGGCCCGCCUUCUGGCGGCCCCCCUCCUGGAGGCAUGGCUCCCAUGAUGCCCCCCCGCCAUCCUGGAGCUCCCAACGGCAUGUAUCCGGGCCCACCGGCUGCACAGGCUGAAGCGGUACCUCCACUUCCUGUGGGACCUCCAGCGCCGGCGAGUGGACGAGUGGCUGACAACUAAGACACACACACACACACGCACACAUACGUGCACACAAAACUAACUCAAUCUCUGGACCCCUUUUUUUGAUGACCUUUGCCACUGGCUCAACAUGUCUCCCUCAAAACUACAGUACACGUAAUCAUCAGACACACUCACACACUCAGGGUUCUGUGGCAAUGGUAACCCAAUUUCCACACACACACACGCGCACACACACAAAGACCUCCUCUCAGGGCACAGCGGCAAGGGUCGUCCAGUAAUGAACACUGUUUCCUGCUCUGUUGGGCCGGAUGGAGGCUGGAGAGAAAGACUUCAUGUACAGAAAACACAACAAGGAGAGAGAACAAAUAUAAAAAACUGUCUGUCUCCCUUUUCUUUCUCUUUCCAAUGCUGUUUUUAAAUGACACUGUACCCCCCCCUCCCCUCUUUCUUCACCAAAAAAAACAUGCACCUCCUCUUUCUGCAAGCCAAACACUACGAGGAGCUACUGAGGUCAGACAUGUGUGUGUUUGUGCUGAGCAACUCGAGCGUUAACACACACACACACACACAGCUUGUCCGUGUCUAGUAGAGUAUCUACCUCUCGCUCCUCUGUGAUACACUGUAGUUCUCGGUGUGUGUGUGUGUGUGUGUGUGUGUGUGUUCAUGACGGGGGGGAUUCAUAACGGUUCACUUUGUGCGUCAGAUAUUUCUGAAACUAGUGAACUAGCAUAGUUUGGGAUUUCCUUGAGUAUGUUUUUGGGUGUUAAAUAAUCUGAGGAAUCAGUUCAUGGUUGAUUUAGUUUAUUUGACUGGAUAUGUUGACAAUAAGUAAAAAAAUACUUAAGAUCUGAUUAUGAGAGGCGCAAACGUUCCUUCUGCCGCACAACAACCACAGCAAUGUAACACAGGCAAGCUGAGGCUCACACUGGAGGAUGUGCACACACACACACACACACACACACACACACCCUCCUGCUGACCUUCACACAGCCGUUAGAGAGGUAGACGCUGACUCAACUGAAACAUCAGAACGCAAUCUUCCUCAGCGUGUUGACUUCUUUCUUGUUUUUAGGUGUUGAUGAUAAUGUAUCCCCCCCCCCGUUUUUCUUUUAUUUUGACUGAAAAAAAAUAUUAAUUGGGAAUGUAAUCUGCCCUAUUUUGCUUUAUAGAAAAUGUAAUCGUUUAUUCUUGAGAUUUAAAGAUGGAACCAGCAGAUAUUUGGUAUUUUGCUGUAUCUCACUGUUAAGGUGCUCUGGAGAAAAGGUAAUCUGAACUUUCCCAGCUAAUGACUCAUUAGACCACCAAAAAAAGAGGUUGUUUUAAUGUGCCCCCCCCUUCCUCCCCCUCUAUGCUCUCUGCUACCUCUUCCUCGUUCAUCCGCUAGCUACCUCUUUAGAAAUCUGUCUCUUGCUAUGUGCUACCUCUGCCUCCCUCUGGAUACCCCCCCCCCCCCCCAGCCCACAUGACUGCUGCAUUACUGUUGCCCUCUUUAUUUUUAUUUUUUUUCUCUCUCCCACUCACACACACUCUCACACACACACACACACACACACACACACACACACAAAGGUAAUCAUUCACUCCCGCUCUCAUUCACAGUGACCCACUUUCCCAUUCAACACCUUACCAGGCUGGUUAUGUAAUAUCACUUAAAUUGGACAGGAACUCCAUACCCCUCCCCCCCCUUACAUAUAUUAUCUUUAAUCGAUACUUCUUUGUGUUAAUGGUAAUGUAUUUUUAAAACGUUUUGUGUAGCUGAAAGUUCUGUUUGGAAGUUUGUAGCAUUGUUUUUUUGUUUCUUUUGUAUGGGGUCUGUUGGUACUUGGACCUGGACACUGUCGAAUAAACUGUUUUGUAUGAG